AAUUUUGAAAUAAAAAGUGUGUGGUGUGUGAAGAAGAAAGAGAAUCUAUGUGUGCAGAGCAUCUUUGGAGGGAGGGCUGCGUUGAAUAAUGAAUAAUGGCUGGGUUUGUGCUCACAGCUAAGUGAAUUAAACAUGAAGCCAACACUAGCAAACUCACAGGUAUGUUCUCUAUCUUUCUGUCUUUAUACACAUAAGUAUUAUCAGAUUUAAACCUUUUUGUCCGUUAGAUGCCCUGACAAAAGAAACUCCCCUGAAAAACCUUUUAAAGACACAAUACUGCACUUUUUCCUUCAAUCAAAUCUCAUAAACCUCAUGUAAAAUCACAAAGAUUGGUAGAGGUGGUUUACUAUUUGAAAUGGCUUUUGGGUAGCUGGUUAGGUUGUCUAAAUAAACAGCCUGUCCUGCUGGUUGGGGGUCAGCAGCCGCCUGCACGGUAUCUCAUGUCAGCCCUGUGGAAUUUGAGCUCCCACAGGCCGCUGGUUUAUAUGCUCCUAUCAGGUCCUCGAUGUGUGCAAGUGAUAAUGUGCCAUUUCUUUUCACAAAUGGAGCGUUGCAUAACUGUUUGUAGAAGAGCGAGACAGAUAGAUAAUGUCCAGACUCUCACUUACAACACAGUCUUUUAUUUGACACCAGAGCUAACCUACAGCAUUAUAAUGCAGCUCAUCACAGGUAACAGAUGUUGUCUUCCACUUUAUACCCCAUUAGGGCCACCGGUGAUGGGUGAAUAAUACUAGAUGGGUGGUGUGCUGGAACCCAUCCCCUGACAGGUGUAAUAUUAGGCUACACAUCUUCCUCAGUUCCGCAGAUCGAGUUUCAAACAGGAUUCCCCAGGUAAGAUGCUUAAGGGGCGUUGAUGUCAUUGUACGGAAGUGAGUUGGACCACACUGCUGGGCACAGAUAGCAGUGCCACUGAAGACAAUAGGAGGACAACGUGGGAGUUUCAACAGGAAUUCGGACUGAGCUGGAGCAUCACCGGGACUUGGGAUGUCGCAUCAGACUGGUAUCCAUGCAUCUCCAGACUUGAGAGAGUUCCUCGUGAAGGCGAGAAGAGGAGCUGUCAGAGUGAUGAAGAUUGUGAUAAGGAGCGAGCAGCUGGUGUUGGGAGGGUACAGAGAGGUUUCUCAGAGCUGGGAUCAGGACUAUGACGCAUGUGUCCUGCCCAUGCUGGACGGCCUAGAACCCUGCUAUAUCCUUUUCCGCCUCGACUCACAGAACCAGCUGGGAUAUGAGUGGCUGUUUAUCUCCUGGUCGCCAGACCAGUCACCAGUGAGGUUAAAGAUGGUGUAUGCUGCUACCAGAGCCACACUGAAGAAAGAGUUCGGGGGAAGUCACAUAAAUGAUGAACUGUUCGGAACAGUCCAGGAAGACAUCUGUUUCCAAGGUUAUCUACGACAUCUGUCCUCCUCCUCCAUCCCGGCCCCCCUCACCACUGCUGAGCAACAACUCCAUCAGAUUAAAAUAACAGAGGACAGAGUGGCACGGGAUGAGCGAAGACGAGUUGCCACUGUAAGUGGUCAAGCAAAGACAGAGAUCAGCGUGGAUAGUAAAAAUCCGACUUUACAGGGUUUGGCGUUCCCAUUGCAAGAGGAGGCUAAACAUGCUUUACAGCAACUUAAACACAAACGCAUCAAUUACAUUCAACUAAGACUGGACACCGAACGAGAGACAAUUGAGCUGGUCCACACUAGUCCUACAGAGACCAAAGAGCUGCCAAGCAGAAUCCCCACUGAUGCCCCACGAUACCACUUCUUCCUGUACAAACACACCCAUCAAGGACAGGCACUGGAAGCUGUAGUUUUCAUCUACUCCAUGCCCGGGUAUAGUUGUAGCAUCAAAGAAAGGAUGCUUUACUCCAGCUGUAAGAAUCGACUGCUGGAUGAGGUAGAGAGAGACUAUCACAUAGAGAUCGCCAAAAAGAUGGAGAUUGAUAGUGGAGAGGGGCUGACGGAGGAUUUCCUAUAUGAAGAGGUGUACCCGAUGCAGCAUGCUCUGAAACAAGCCUUCACCAAGCCAAAGGGCCCUACAGGGAAACGAGGGAACAAGCGUCUAAUCAGAGGAGCGGGAGAGAAUGGAGAUGAGAGCUAGAUUUUUACAGUCAACAAAUGUAAAAUGACACCAGAUACACAUGUUUAAUUUCACCCUCAAUGAUCUGUAGC